ACUUUAUUUGAUCUGUGGGUUGUGAUUGUCGCUUCUGAAUUCUGUGUUGUCGUUGCCUGUCCCUCGACGCCGUCCCUGGACGUGCAUGUUUCUAGUUUCAACUUUGGAGGGCUUUAAAAAGCAAAAUUAAUAGUGAUUAAAUGAAAUUAAUUGUGUGACACGAUCCAUGUAGGCAUGUGAUAAUGCAUAGUGUAUAGUUACGGACAUGGAUGGCAUGAGAUCGUGCUCAAAUUACGAGGCCGGUUUUGACGCGUGUGAUCCGUUGGAUUCAGUUUUCGAGUGGUCUAGGAGAGGGCCGGCAAAGGUGUUGCGGCGGCGUUGCCGCAGCGAGGGCAUCGAUCGUUCUCCUUACGAGGAUGCAGCGCGCGAGUGCUCGCGCUCUGCAGAUUUCGCAAAUCGCCAUCGCGUCCUUCCUAAUAAAAGCCAUUUCACAAUAAACAACAGCCACGAACAUCGUCAGCACAGAUUCAUCUACGAGUGUUCUUUACCAUCUGCUCAAAACGGAGAUUUCAUAAUGGCUCACGAUUAUAAUCGUCAUGGGUAUCAACAAGGAAGAUCAAAGUAUCAUAGAUCAAGUCCCACGAGACCUAUUGUAGUGACUACACUCUCAAACUCAAAAGUUGAUGACCGUUUACCUAAAGUUGAAGAGUUGCUGGAGAAAGUUGAUCAUGAAAUGAUGGAUGUUACAUCGAAACAGCCACUAAAAUCCAUACUCAAUAAUUCAUUGCCAAAAUCACCACCCCAUAGUAUUUUAAAGAAGCCAAAAACUAAAAUGUAUCAGGAUAAUAAAACUGAAGGGAGAAGACGACAAAGAGCCUCUAGUGAAUCUGAUAACUUUUAUUGUAGUUUUCAUAUAAGUUCACCUAUGGCUGGCUAUGACAGUCAAUUGUCAUACUUGUCAAAUAAUAUGAAAAGAGCAAAAGAUAACUCGGGAACUGGAUACUCGUAUGGUUCUGCUGUGGCCGCACUUAGCUCAGUACCUACAAACAAAGGUUUAAAUUUUAGCAAAGCUAGCAAGUGCUCCUGCAAGGACCAUGUUAUAGUAACUCCAAAGGAUGAUGUGUUCAAAAUGCACCUUUUACGGACUACUGCCAUUAACAAUGAUACUGUAGAUGAUUUACCCCUUGUGCCAACUCCACGUCAGGAUACUCCAACAAGACCGGCAGUCAGCCCCGCAUUACCUGUUAGUUCAGUGACGGCGAUACCAGAAAAGAAAUUGGUAAAAACCAAGAAAAAAACAAAGACGAAAAAGAUGCGAUCCAAUAGUAAAGUGGACUGUAAUAUUAUUGAAGGGGAGGGUGAAGAUUCUCACAGCCGAUCGCCUUCCCCGGACCCAAUAACUGAAUCAUGGCGGAUGGAGACAGAUACAACGAAUAUAGAAAAGGUUGAAAAGCCUCCGAGGACUCGGUCCCCGUCUCAUAUAGAACAAAACUCAGUCACCAAGAUCACAAACAAACUUAAUGGUACUGUUAUGUCGCCAAAGAAAGUAUUGUCUAAAGAAAAGACAAGCCAAGACACAUUCAUAACUGCUUUACACACGACGAAUCCUUUCAAAUCACUACCCACUCGUAAAGAAUCGCCGUUUAAUCUAACAGAAUCCUUAGGAAACUGCCUUCGACCAUCUCUAUUCCCAAGAGUGCCACCAUACUUAAAGUUCGUAGGCCACGAGGACACAAUACCACUUAAAGUGCCGCCAGCUAUACAGAAACAUCUAAAAUGGAAGCUCACGACAAUAACGCCUAUAGUUGUCAAGAAGACCCUAGUUAAUUCUGGAUUUAGACUGGUCAAGAGUGAGUGUGAUACAUCGGAGUGCCCUCAAGAAGAAACGGUAGAAUGGAUAGGUAUUUGGGGUAAACACAUGAAAUCCUUAAUGUUCAGAGCAAUCAAAGACGGCCAGAAGAUGAAUCAUUUUCCCGGCACCUUUCAAAUUGGCAGAAAAGACAGAUUAUGGAGAAAUUUACAGAAAUUAUGCAAUAGGUUUGGCGUAAAUGAAUUCGGUAUAAUGCCUAAGACAUAUGUGUUGCCUCACGAUUUGAAAAUACUCAAACACGAUUGGGAGAAGUAUGCUGCUAAUAAUGAGAGGUGGAUUAUAAAACCGCCGGCAUCAGCUCGCGGCACUGGUAUAAAGGUGGUAUCCCGUUGGGCCCAAAUACCGAAAAAGCGUCCCGUGGUGGUACAGCGAUAUGUGUCCAAGCCAUACCUAAUCAAUGGUAGCAAGUUCGAUUUACGGUUAUACGUCCUUGUAACAUCCGUCCAUCCACUACGGAUAUAUUUGUAUAAGGACGGCCUAGCGAGGUUCGCUUCAGUUAAAUACAAUUCAGAAUUAACGUCACUAAAUGACAGGUAUAUGCAUUUGACGAACUACUCAAUAAACAGAUUGUCAAAGAACUAUACGCCCAAUGAAGACUUUGCCGCGUGCGAGGGACAUAAGUGGACGUUACAAACCCUCUUCCAAUACCUAAAGACUGACAAGCACGUAGACACAGACGCACUAUGGGCGUCCAUUAAAGACCUGGUGAUCAAGACAAUAAUAUCCGGAGAAGGCAGCAUCAGCUCAUUGACGAAGGCCAAUAUUACAUCGAGAUAUAACUGUUAUGAACUAUUCGGGAUUGAUGUCCUGCUUGAUGAGGAUCUCAAGCCUUGGUUGUUGGAGGUGAACAUUUCGCCCAGUUUGCACAGUGCAUCGCCUUUAGAUAUUCACGUAAAGGGUCCGCUGGUAUCAACAGUGCUCAAUAUAGCUCAGUUCCAAGUACCUAUUAAGACAAAUAUCGAGAUGCUUUCAAAGGAUAAACCAAAUAAAAUGGUUGGUCUGCCAUACGACAGCAGGUUGUACACAGUAUAUCUAUCAAAGGAAGAAAGAGAUAAACACAUUAUAUAUACAAACAUGGAAGAACGGGAUAUGUACCUUCGAGACAUCCUCUCAACUUUGACACCGGACGACGUUCGUCAUCUCAUACAAGCCGAAGACGAGUUAACGCAAAGCGGGGAUAUGGAGCGUGUGUUCCCGAACAAAAACACACACAAGUAUCUAGGGUUCCUAGCUGGGCCUAGGUAUUACAACCGGCUUUUUGACGCCUGGGAGACGCGGUAUGGCGAUAAGAGGGACUCAGGCAUCGAGCUCCUCCGUAACCUGUGCGACAUAGGUUAUCACCUAGAAGUACCUCCAGUGCCUCUAAAGUGGCCGGCGGCUGAGCUGAGCGCGUUGGAUUGCAGAAUGAUGUCGAUGCGCCGUCUCCCGCGCCCUCCGAGCGGCCUUCAGUUCCGUCCGUUCCGUCGGGCCGUGGCUCAGCAGCAAUGCUACCGUCAGUGUCCUCGACCACAGUUCCGGCAGUCCCUGCAGUUCCGGCGGUCUGUUCAGUUCCGCCAGCGUCAGUCCCGGCGCGCACCAGUUCGCCCGUCACCCGGCCCUGCGGCGAUUCACUCGCCCCCCGAGCCCCACCCGCACUCGAGCCGCGAGCCUAGCCCCCCCCACAUCGAUCUCAACAUGAACAAGUGCCACAUAGACGACGCCAGCGAGGAGUUGAAACAAUUCUAAUACUAUUCUCCUGUACGCGUUUGUAAAUUCAAAUUACUUGACCAUACAAACCAAAGAUCAAUGCCAUUUUAGCACAAAUUCUUUCAAAUUUGACCGGUUUCAAAUUGAUUUGUUUAAUUUCCUUCGUCACAACAAACAGUUAGAAUUAUAUAUAAUUUACUUUAAUUUUAUAUUUUACAUAACACUCACACGCGACCGUGAAUGUAACUAAACGGUGUUGACUUUCCGAAAUUGCACUUUUUUAGUUGUAUCAACAAUCCAACGAAAAAUUUCAACAUUUCCUAGGAAUACAUUAAUUUUGGUUUGUUUGGUCGAUCACAUUCUACAGUUAAACUUUGCUUGAUACAUACAAUUUAAAUGUCAAUAAUUUACUAAUAAUACAUAGGAUAUACAGUUUCUAAAAAUAGAUAAGAUAAUAAAAAUGUCUGAUAUGUUGACUAUUGUAUAUUUGUGGACUAGAAUACACGACGAAUUUAGACUAUAUUUUAAAAUUUAAAGUCGAUAAAUACUUGAGUCGAUAAGUCUUGAGUUCUAGUUCAAGUUAGCUAAGAGCUUAUAAAUUGUUUGUUGUGAAAAUACCCUACCCUAUACAAUAAUUGACAUUCCUGAGUGCAAAAAAUUGAAAAUUCAUUGUUAUGAGACAAAAUUAAGCUAAAUGCGAUUUAAAGAGUCAUAAAAGCACAUUAAAAUCGCUGAGUAUUGACAAUUUGUAAAUGGGAAUGUCGGUAGAUAUAAAUUCAUUAAAUCAAUUUUCAUUGCUUUAAAAAUGUAAUAAUCCAAAACUACUUAACCUGUCAUAGGGCCCAGAUAAGUUGAUGGAAUUAUUUAUAGUAGCUAUUAUUUUUAAAUCGCCCUAGUCAUAGAAAUGAACAAUAUUAAAGUAUUUAAAUAUAUACUUAUACUGUUUUCCUCUGAAAUCCAAGGAUUUAGUAAAUAAUCAGCAACGAAAAUUGAUUUGGUCUAAUAACAUUGUGUUCAAGAUACACCUAGUGUUGCUAGUGUAGUUUGUUUUAGGGAGAAACGUUGGAGUAUAUACGUAUGAAAUUCUGAAGAAAUUGAUUACUAAACUAUUACUUGAUUUUUAAUAGAUUUCAUAUAAAGUAUUUUUGAAAAAAAAAUCUGGGUAAGUUAGCAAGAAACUGGCAGUCAAGUAAAACGUGUCGCAUUUAUCGUGCUUAAAAAAAUCAAAUUAUCACGAAAUAUUUUUCGGCUGGCAGUUACUUACUAUUUUUUUUUAGUGUUUAACUUGUAUUGUUAUUAAAUUUCGUCUCUUACACAUCUUUAACUUCGUUUUGUAUUUAGGACAUUCCUACAUUUCUGUGGCAUUUGUUUGGUUACAUUUACCAUUGUAAACGAUUUAUUUGAUUAAAGUUGAACAAAAUAACCAUUGAUUUGGUUAAGAAAUUAUCUUAAGUGUCUUGUCUAAUUUUGAUCUGAUUUUAUGAAAUUAUAUGAAAGUGGAAACGAAA